AUGUAAGCAGAUAAUAACCUGAAGGAAAAUCUCUUGGCUGGCUACCCUAAUCACAAAUAACAAGAUGAGGAUAUCAAAUAAUAAAAGGACAAAAGCUACCUAGGAUACAUCUAUUAACUAUUUUUCAUAAUCUCACUGUGUCUGCAGCAUCUCUUUUCAAAAUUAAUGUUUAACAGGCAUGUAAACCUAUCAGCUUUGCAAAUAUUAGUGAUUAGAGCAUGCUUUACAGCCAUAAUUUUUAUUGUCGUAAUGAACAGAAAAAUCAAGCAUGUAAUGAUCACAUCAAUACCAAGGCAAAGUUAUUUUAAUCUUACUGUUAGAUGUAUUUAAGGACUAAUUGCAUUUACACUCGUGUAUUAUGCUUUAAGAUAUCUGCCUUUAGUAUUCGUGGCACUUGUAAUGAACCUCUCGCCUAUAUUCAUAGCAAUAUUAUCUUACUUAGUUCUUAAAGAACAACUUAUGAGGAUAGAUAUAAUUAUCCUUGGAGUCUCGUUCAUUGGUGUGAUCAUUCUAGUAAGUGGCUCUAUUAAUUCCGAGAAUGUCUCAUAGAGUAAAAUUGAAGAUACAAGCAAUAUCUUCGCAUGGAUAGCACUCUUUCUGAUACCCUUCAGUGCAGCUAUCAAUGCAGUUAAUUAAAGACAGAUGAGAGAUUUAAACGAAUACACUGUUGGAUCUUAUAUGACUUUGGUUAGUCUUUUAGGGUAUACUCCUAUCGUGCUUUUAUUCGAAAAUGGAUUUGGAAUAAUCUAUGACUUUGAAAUGUAUGAUUGGGCUUUAGCCAUCCUUCUCGGUAUCACAGGGUUCUAUUUUAACGUCUUUAGAUUUAAGGCUCUGCAAUACUAGGAGCCAGGUAAAUUAGGAGGCAUCAGUUAUUUCUAAUCUAUUAUACAAUUGAUUUUGGAUGUAGUGUUUUUAGGUUAGAAAUUUACCAGUUAAUAACUGAUCGGAAUAAUGGUCGUAAUAUGCGCUAAUGGUGUAAAAUUAGGGUUGUGGAUAAAGAAAUUAUUGAAAUGA